AUGGCAAAACCACAGACUGCAGAAGAAAUGGCAAGCUGGCUGCUUGACGAUUCCACUCUCGAGUGUCCAGAGAACGGCGACGAAGAUACUUCUCCCAAGAAGCGGCGAGCCAAUACACCAGAGAUCUCGCAUUCUCAGGCGGACGAACCAGCAAUUUCGCCUCUCAAUCUCCCUUCACCUCUCGAAACGCCGCCUAACCCAUCUGGAAAGUUACCCCAGAGGCCACGGGUGGAUAAAUCCUCACCAAGAAGUCCAGGAAAGGUACCGAAACGAGCUGCCACUGCUCGAAUACGCAAAGAUCGAUCCCAAAGACGUACAAGCACAAACUUGAAGCGACAACUGUCUCUUGACCCUUUAAAGUUCCAUCCCACAAAUAGCUACAAGGUCACGACACCCGUGGCGCUUACUGUUGAUGGAAAUGUCAGAAACCGUGUUACAGAAGGCCCAAGCACACCUUCUAUCCGGGAAGGAUGUACUAACGGCGAUGCUAUCAGUGGAAAACUAGUUGCCAUGCUCGCCGCAACUGAUGCUCUUAAGCCAACACCACAGCGGACCAACUCUUCAAAUUCAAGACUUACCCGUAUGGUACCAUCAAAAGUACUUGCUAAAGUCUCAAAUGCUUGGGACAGAUUCCAUCCGAAGGUCACAUCUCAAGAGAAGGAGUGUCAGUACAAAUCUGCCUUCGAUGACGCAGAAGGCACAAGGCUCGACGCGCACGAGUUUGAUCACUCGCCUGCCUCACCUGAUAAUAUGUCUCCAAUUAGUAACAUUGAGAUCCGUCUGAAUGAAGGGGAUAACCUCAACAAGCGAAAAGUGCAGCGAAUUGUAGGAGGUCGAGUGAAUCGAAAACCACUAGCUGAUGAUGGAAAAUCUCUUAGGAGCGGAAAGCCUGUUGAAGAUCCGUUCUCCGAACGUGAUAAAUGGCACACCCCAACAACCUUUGAGCAUAGGCUGAUGGCUGUCCCAGAAAAGGAGGAAGGAGGACUGCUUGCCCUUUCACGUAGCCCAUUCGAGUCUGAGAAGGAAUUCGACAACAACAUUGAAGAUAGGUUCUUGAACAGUACACCUGUCGGUUCCUCGACGCCUCGGAUCAUAGUUGAACGGGCCUCUAUUUCGAGCGACGAGUGCAUCUCGACAACCGAUAGCAUAAGUCCUUCCCGGAGGCGGCUUGCUAACAAAUUGAGCUACCCACCAUUGAAGCUUGACAAUGAGACACCGGCUCUGGACAGCCAUUCUAGAUUUAACGUUGGCAAUCCAAGCAAGGGAGCCGUAGUCGGCUCGGUCAGUCAAUCUCGGCGGGCUUGGGAACAGUCGACGACAAGUUUUACUUCUUUCGGUAUUAAGAGGACCAAGAAGCACCCAUCGCCUAGCAAGGAGACUCUAGAAGACUUGGAAAGGGAAUUACGACAGUACGCUCAUGACCAAGCCUCCGGGGCUAGUGGUAACUGCCCGGGUGAAGUAAAUGCAGGUCACGUUGACAAGAGCCCUUCUUUGAGGCCGUGCGAGAGGAACAGGUCGAGUUUGACCCGUCUAGCUAUCGCCAACAUCGACGAGCUAGCAAAUCCGGCAUAUGAUGGAGGGCAUCACCGGCGAAGUUCUUCAGCAUCGAUGACCAGAUACUCAUCACAAACCAAGGUCAAGCUGCACAGGGAUAUACGCCUGGCUCCGCCUUAUCGCCCAGAAGGAUCUUUUGCCCAUGACGUGGACGAGCUGCAUUGA